AUACUCUUCUUAGUCCUGCUUAUUACUCAUACACCAUUAAUACAAUAAUUCAACAACAUUGUCAUAAGUAUAACUUAUUUAUUAAAGCUACAUGGACAGGCCACGUCUGUGACACGAAGUAAUGCCAGGUCCAGGUGACAGAUUAUAAUUAUUAAUUAUACCUUUGUCUACAUUAGUUUAGUAUUGCAUGCCAGCCCAUGUCAUGACUCAUGGCCAUGAUGCAAAAGAUUAAGAAUGUUACUACAACUACUAACUACAUACUCAUUUUCAUUCAUUAUGUUAUUUAGUAUAUUUUUGCAUGUUUUUACUGGCUGUGGUGUGCUGUGGAAUUCUUAAUUCUUGGAUUGAAAAAGAUUUGCCGAGCACUGGGCCACUACUCACUACUCAUUUAGCAGGAUACUUAUAAAUAAGAAAAAACUAAAUAAAUAGUUCUAAGCCUAUUAGCCAAUGUAAAUAUUUAUUAAACAGGCCUGGGCUUAAAUAACGUAUUAGAUUAAGCUAUUUAAAUGAUUAAAUGGCAUAUUAUUGACAUCACACAUCUAAUACUAACAUGGGGGGGGGGGGUGUAAAAAAUUAGCCCAUUUAAAUUAAUGUUUAGAGUGAUAUCAUUAAUGGAUGCCCCCCUCCCCCUCCUAUCACUUUGUAGUAAGUAUUUCAUGUUUAUUUAUGGCAUCAUAUACCUGUCUGGUUGGUAAAAUGAUGCAUUAAUUAUUAGGCUUAUUCCUUCUAAUUAAGACCAGAUAUUAUUAAAUAUUUAUUAAACAGGCCUGAGCUUAAAUAACGUAUUAGAUUAAGCUAUUUAAAUGAUUAAAUGGCAUAUUAUUGACAUCACACAUCUAAUACUAACAUGGGGGGGGGGGUGUAAAAAAUUAGCCCAUUUAAAUUAAUGUUUAGAGUGAUAUCAUUAAUGGAUGCCCCCCUCCCCCUCCUAUCACUAUGUAGUAAGUAUUUCAUGUUUAUGUAUGGCAUCAUAUACCUGUCUGGAUGGUAAAAUGAUGCAUUAAUUAUUAGGCUUAUUCCUUCUAAUUAAGACCAGAUAUUAAUAAGUUGUCAUAGAUCAGUAGAUCAGUGCUGUCCAACCCGCUUACUGAUUUUAACCCUUUCAUUACCGCUGGUUUAAAAAAAAAUAAAAAAAGAGCCUUGAUUUUUGCUGACUCAUCUUUUUUAAAAAAAAUGUAAAAAAAUUUUUUUAUUUUUUUUUAAAAAUUUCGGUAUAUUUCAUUUUCUAUCCAAUUCGCUUUUUAACUUCUCUAUAGAUUAAUGAAUAAAGAAAUAUAUAGCAUUGAAAUAUGAUGUCGACGUGACGUCCUUGGUAUUUCAAAAAAGUUCUCUGCCUCUUUGUUAUGACGACAAUGUGACAUCCUUGGUAAUUAAUUGAAAGUGGGUGAUCGUGGCGUCGGGUCGACGUCAUUGGUAGCGAAUUGGUAAAGUGGCUCCCCAGAGCUUGAGAUAUUUCAACAUUUGUGUAAAAACAUAAAAUUUGUUAGAUGGAGAAAAAAUCAAAACAACACUCAGUGAUACAGUAUUGUUUGGAAAUCGCUAGAGAGCACAGGAGAAGUUUUAACAUUUGAUAAAGAAGGGGUGUGGCAAAUGGAGUGAGAUGGCUUGAUAAGUUUUUUUAUGGCUUGAAAGCCAUCUACGCACUCACUGUGACCCACUCCAUCCCUAACUGGAUGUCUAGAUGGUCCUUGACGGAUGAACAACACUAUUUUAUAUUAAGCACAUCAGCAGAUCAACAAUGUCGGAACAUGAGGUGACAUGCAAUCACAUACUAACUUCUCCUUUUUUUACUGCUUAGGCCAGUCGGGUGGUGGGGGGGGUGGUUGUGAUGUACAGGUAUAAUUGCUAACGGUGUUUGAAAAGAUGAAUAGUAUGGUAACUUGAUGUGUAGCUAGCUGGUCAUCGUAAAAAUAUACAUGCACGCCAAUAGGACUGGUUUAAUUGAGCUAAAUAAGGGAGCACAAUGAUUUAACGUCUGUGCUUUAUAUAAUGAUAAAAUGUUGAGACAUGAUUAAUCAAGAUGAGAUCUGGGGUAUUAAAGAUGUUGCAAAUGACUGGUGGGAUAUGUGAAUUAGUUGAAACUAAAUAGGCAGUCUGUUUCCACCUUGCAUUGUAUAAAUCAUGUGAUAUCACUGAUACAUCCAUCCCUCCAUCCAUCCCUGUGGCGCUACAGCCCAUGUAGGGCUUUGGCCUGCCUCACCACUUCCUUCCACUCAGACCUAACUAAUGCCUUUCUUUUCCAUGCUUGGACUUUCAGCUGCUGUAGAUCUUUUUUUACAUCAUCUAUCCACCUAAGCCUAGGUCUGCCUUUAAGCCUUUUUCCUCUGGGGUAUUGGUGAUGUACCCUCUUCGUUCCUCUGUCAUUUGACAUUCUCUCUAGGUGUCCUGCCCAGCGUAGCCUGCCUCUUUUUAUUUCUGCCACUACCGUGGGAUCCUGAUAUAGACUGUAUAAUUCCUGGUUGGUUUGUAUUCUCCAUCCAUCUUCAUCCUUUGUUGGCCCAUAUAUUUUCCUGAGAACUUUCCUCUCCCAUGUGUUUAAUAGGUUUUCUGCUGUUUUUGUUAGGGUCCAAGGUUCACUUGCAUAUUUUACAACUGGUCUGAUCACAGUUUUAUAAAUAGUUUUCUUUGUUUCUCUUGUAAUGUUUUUACUUUUGAGUAUUUUCUGACUACUGAAGUAUGCCCUGUUUCCGGCUGAUAUUCUUUCUUUUAUUUCUGUUAGUAAUUCGUUUCUUUCAUUUAACAAGGAUCCUAGGUAUUUGAAUUGAUUUUUUUUUCAAAAGUUUGGUUUCUAAUUUUAAUUGUUUCACCUGUUUGUUCCUCUGUUAUCAUGGUCAUGUAUUUUGUUUUUUGGUUGUUAACUUCCAGCCCUCCUUGUAGAGAUGCGUCUUCUAAUUCAAUAAAGGAUUUUGAUAUGUCUUUUAUACUUUUCUCUAGAAGUGCUAUGUCAUCAGCAUAUGCAAGAUACUGAAGUGGUUGGUUGUAGAGUGUGCCCGUUGGUUGUGGGUCUUGAGUUUCCCUCAGAAAGAAUCCUGUUAUUGUUCCUCGAGUGUCAAUGUGUAUGUUUCUAAUAACUCUUUCUAAUGUUAGGUUAAAGAGCAUACAAGACAGUGAGUCUUAGGCCGCGUCUAAUAUGAAAUUCCCUUGAAUAUUCUCCUUGAAUCUUGAUUUUGCUUUUUGAGUUGUUUAGUGUUUAGUGUUGUCAGUUUGUUGGAUAUCCCAAACUCCUGCAGAGUCUCAUAUAAAUAGUUUCUUUUGAUGCUGUCAUAGGCCAUUUUAUAGUCUACAUACAGUUGAUGUACUGGUAUAUUAAAUUCAUAGCAUUUCUCUAAUAGGCAUCUGAUGGUGAAAAUCUGAUCAGUCGUUGAUCUGUUAGGCCUGAAUCCACAUUGGUAAUCACCUAGUAUUUCUUCAGUGUUAGGUUGUAGUCUUUUGGCAAUAAGCUUCGUCAGUAUUUUGUAUGUAACGAUAUCACUGAUACAGUCCAACUUAUUGUUUGGGUUAUAUUUCACAUGGACCAUAUAUUUAAAGAAGAAUUAUUGGCACUCAUCAUCAUUAUCAUGUCCCUUAGUCCUUGGACCAUUGGAGCGCCGCAGAUGACACAAAAACUAUCAUUCUCCAUUCCUCUCUGUUUUCUGCACUUUGCACAGCAUUGCCUAGUUUUAGUACCAUCCACUCUUUGAUAUUAUCUUCCUAUCUUUUUCUCUGUCUCCUUUUUAACUCUUAUUGGCACUAUUUCCAUUGAAAAAUACAACCCGUGGUGAGGAUGUAUAUAAGGCACUGAAGGAAUUUCUAUUAACAAAUAGUAUUGCUUUGAAAAACCUUAUUUAUGUUACAACCAAUGGUGCUCCAGCAAUGUUGCGAAGAAGUGUUGGCCCUAUUGGUUUGCUGAUGACUGAAUAUGAUUUUCCAGACAUUCAAGCGUAUCUUUGUAUCAUUUCCCAGCAAUUUCUUUGCUGAAAGAUGUUAUGGAUAGUGCACCGGUAGUGAAAAUUGUUAAAUUUCACAUGAUGAGCUAAUUCAUUCAAUUUAAAUCACUAGUAGUUGAAGACUUUGUUGGAAGAAUCUGAUAGAAUUUUGGGGGAUUUUGUUUUUCAUACUGAUAUUUGAGGGCUGAACAAAGGGAAAGUGCUGUCAAGAUUCUGGAAUCUAACUGUAGAAGUAAAACUGUUUCUCAGGUCCAAAGCUCAGGACUAUUUGAUAAAUUAUAUGGAUUGCCAGAGUUUAUUUUUAGGCUAACAUUUCUAACAGACGUCGCAGGUCACCUUAUUAAAUUAAAAUUUUAAAUUGCAAGGACAUUUUCAAAUCUUACUAAUGCGGAUGAAAGAAAUUAGUGUUUUUGAAUCUAAAUUAGACUUAAUCAACAGUCAAAUUUUACUCAAUUCCAGAGUUGGUCAAAAUUAAGUGAUUAAAACUAUUAUUAGAUAACUUAAAGUUAGAUUUAAAGAUAUUUGCAUCUUACUCACGUUUUUUGGAUAAAAUAGGUAAGGAUGAGAGAGUGAGGCUGAUGAAUUGAGCAACUCUCCCUCACUUUAAACAAAAUACAGCUCAAGUCAAUGCUACUACGGUACUUUAAAUUGACUUGGUCAUCUUUACGUGCAAAGCAUGAACCACUAAUAAUUUCAUUAAGUUGAAAUUAUUAGGAUCAAAUGAAGGUGCAGUGCAACAUGACAUCAUUGAUUCAACAUAAUAUGUUUUUUUUGUGACAAACAUAAAAAUACAUCGCGAACUGAUUUCUGGAUGACGUAUGUUUCUUCAGAUGAAUUUCCACAAUUAUCGAAAUGUUGUACAAAGAUAUUGAUGAGGCUGGAUUCUCAGUAAUAGCCAACAUCAAGUAAAAAAAAAAAAGGUCUGACUGACGAAAAUUGAGGAAACCUAAUUAGCGCAGCAGUAAACGAAUACCAACUGCAAAUUAAGAAGAGUGCAAGUCAAAGCCAAAUAUGGCAAUUAAGAAGUGCUGCAGUUUUUUUAAUUUGAUUUAUUUAUUACCGCUAUCUUGAUGUGGUGAUAAUACUGACAGAUAUAUGGUUCUUUAUGCAUAAGGUAAGAAGUAAUUAGUAAAUUGAAUACUUCUCUUUAAAGUCUAAAAUUCUUUCUUUUGAGAUGUCAUAUGCGGCACUCAGCUUCACACACAAAAAUACAUAUUUGACCCACAAAGACAAAAAGGUUGGACAGCACUAAUUGAUAAAACAGAACUUCGUCAAAAGUAAAACAGUUUGUGCAAUUAUUUGAUUUUUUUCUUGCAAUCUGUCUGUAGGCUUAUAAAACUAUCCUUAAAAAAGCAUAUAUAUAACCCGAUUAAUGUUAAAAAGGCAAUGGAUUCCCUAUUAUUAUUAAUUUAUUUUUUUAUCUUCUUCUACAUAAUUUCUGCAGUUAAGUUUAGAUAUUAUGGCUGAACAAAAAUAUGACAUUGUUCUCUUUGGAGCAUCUGGCUUUACUGGCCAAUACACAGUUGAUGAAGUGGCUCGUGUUGCUGAAGAGGAGAGCUUAACAUGGGCUAUUGCUGGAAGAAGCAUGGAGAAACUUCAGAAAGCUCUUAGCGAAGCCUCUAGUCGUACAGGUAACGUUUAAUUUAUAGAUUGUUUGCUUUUAUGGUUUGAAACUCUUUUACUUCACCCUCUACCUAAUUGUGGGAAUACUAUUUGCUAUGGAGUGAAACUGUGAGUUGGCGCCUGACUGCUGGACAAACAGUAGGGCGUCCCAAAAAAAUGAAGUUUUGAAAUAUUGAUGUCUCACCCCACAGAAUAUGUCUGUAUGGUAACAGUAGUUAACCUGCAAAAUUUCAGCUCAUUUGGACAAUGUUUAGAGGUCCCCCAAGAGGUUUAAAGUUCCAGAUUUUGGUGUAAAAUCAUUCGCGGUCAAAUCUAAUACAGCGUUAAUGUUGCAUUAUAUGCGAAACUGAUAUAUUAAGUAACAAAUUGAUGCUUAGUAUUGUUUAUAAUAUUAAAUGAAACAAAAUAUAUAAAUCUUGAAUGGUUUAUAUUUUUAAAUUUGAAAUUUAAGUAAAAAAUUAUGAAAAACAAAGUUUUAUUCAUUUUGUCAAGUUAAUUCUUGAAAGAAUGUCAAUCUGCUUGAAAAAUAAUAAUAAGCAAUGCAAUUAAGCAUUCCUAAUAUUUAUCUUGUACUUUGUACUGUAGGGUAGACAAAAAUUUAAAAAAGUUCUUCAAAUUUAAAUUUUAGCCAGCUGUUCACGAUUACACUCUGCAAAAUUUUUCCGAUGUUUGUCAACCACUUGGAGCAAAAAUUGUUUUUGUUCUUCGUCCUUGGUGAUACUGUCAUUGAAAUUUUGUAUCAAUGCUACACCUCGCUCUGCAGAGUCAUUGAUACAAGCCAGAUUCUUUACAAAAUCUGCUGCAACUUUAAAAGAUGGUGUAUCUGACCAUGCUUCAACAGGAACAUCUAGAAAACUGGCAUCAAUGUUGGAUGUUUCAAAAAAUGUGGUAGAAGCACGCAAAUCAACAACACUUUUUGGUAGUGUUUUUAUGAGAUGCGGUCCACGUUCUGAUUGCAUUGUCCGAACAAGGCCAGUUUUUUCUUUGUCCGACAAAAGGGUUGAAAAUAACACAAGCGUCGACAGUUCCGGACUCAAGUACCACGAGUGACGCACCAUCAUUUUCAAUCCAGUCGAUCGAAGAACAGCAUCAUCAUAUUCGUAUAAACGCUGUAUCAACAAGAUAUCAUUCACAGGUGCAUCUGCGGUGAGCCUGCAUGAAAACCAUGAUUGAAGAUAAACACAUAUGGUAAACCGAUUAAAGCGCUGAAUACCUUGUAAUUCUCGAGCUGUUAACUGAAAGAUGGUUUCGUUGCCUGCAAACAAUAGUUCGAUUUUCAAUGCAUAGAUUGCUUUCGCCAUCCACCUUGCCCUAUGUAGGGCACCAGGUCUGCGAAUGCUGACAUCAACCUCCAACCCAACCAUUUGUGCAGCAAGCAGAAGAAAUUCCAAAUAAUCAUCACGUGAAUGACUGACCUCAAGUUGACAUUUGAUAAAUUCUUUAAUCGAAUCGGACACGAUUAUCAAAGGGGCGGAUCUGGCUUCGGGUGUGUGGUUUAAUUCUGGCCAUUUUUCUCGAAACCUCUUAAAAAACAAAAUCUCUGGUCCAGUGGAUGGUCCAAGACAAACAUUGAAUGCAUCGGAAAGGAGUACUUCCAACAUGUGAUGACGGCAUGCCAUCCAUAAUAGAUUACGUCCCAGGGCUACUUCUAACAGAGUGCAAGCUCCAUUGAGUCUUCCAGUAUUGGAAGCCGUAGUGUCGAAGCACAUGCCGAUGACCAUAGAUUCGCACUUCCACGAUUUGAUAUGUUCAUAUACUGCAUCAGCAGCUGCCCGUCCUGACCCGGACCCGGAUGCUAACUUGGGAACACCAAGAAGCUUUGUAGUGCCAUCGACAAGUGAUGAGAGCAGGACAGGUAAUCGAUCGACGUUGUUGGUAACCUCUCCGGUAACAUCGGGCAAUAGCUUACCAUCCCAAUGAACAAUUGAUUUUGAGGGAAUAUAGUCUUCUUUUAUACGUGCUGCAGCUUGUUGACGACGAAGCUUGCGAUGACGAUGCAUUGUGCUCUUGGAAAAUACUGUGUCAGAUGUCGGAACACCAGCUUCGUUGAAUGCGGAUGCAAGUAUCAUUGUAGAUUUUCUAAUGCUGGUGUUCGUUCUGUCCAGCACUGCAGCAACUUUUGGUGAUAUGAUGCUUCGUCUGCGAUGUCGUGUUGCAGAAUUUGUUUUGCUUGAGGAUGCUGAUUGGAUGACAAAUUCUUCAUCAGGUUCUGCAUCGUCACUGGAAUCCCGACAAAUGGAUGGAUCAUAAUUGUUUCUAGCCUGACAAUUUAGCAUGCUUAGUUUAAAACAAUCAAAUCUUCAAAAAAUAUGCACAAGUUUUGCACAUUAGGUAUUUUAUAUGUUUUCUCGCAUUUAUUACAUUUUCUAAUUAAGAAUCACACAAUUUCAACUCUAGUUAAUGGUAGCAAUGAGGUAAAUAUAAGUAUAUUUAAACUUCAUUUUAUUCAUAUAUGGCAUGCAAAAACUGCAAGUUAUUUGAGCCACGAUUCGUCUGGAUUUUUAUGUUGGCCUAAUACUGGAAUUUUAAAAGCUCUUGGGGGACCUCUAAAUGUUGUUCAAAUGAGCUACAACUUCACCAAUUCACUCAUUGUACCCAAGAGACACAUUUCAGGGGGUGAGACACCAAAGAUUAAAAAAAAUAUUUUUUUUGAGCAUUUCUGGGAUGCCCUAACAAACAGUCUUAUUAUUUUGCAAAGUGUCAAAAGAAACGGAAAGUAUUUCAAUAAAACUAAGGGUAUUAGAAAGUCUAGCCUUCUUGAGGCAGAGCCUUUUUGGACUGUCAGUGCCAAAGAGAUGGAGCCCUUCUCACAAGCCCUGCACUUUCAUUCAUGCAAAUUAUUUUACAAAAAAGAAACUAUGUUCAACAAAUAUAAAACUGCAUAUAUUCUUGUAGGGAACUGAAUGAACUAAUAUGAUCUUUAUGAAUCAAACUGAAAUCUCAACAUUUAUGCCAAUGAGAUUUCCUGAUUUGCAUAAUUUAUGCAUGCAAUUUUUUUUACUCUCUGAAAAAAAUUGUCUAACUUGCAGAAUUGUUUGAAAUUUCAGACUGUUGAAGCCUAAAUAAGUUUUAACAAACAUUUGAAUGAGAUUUAAUGUGUAAAACUGCAUAACAUAUUCCAUUGGGGGUGCUUAUAUUUAGGCAUAUUUCAAGGUCAUAUAAUUUGUAAGCAUUUAUAAGGGUCACUAGGGAAAACAAAUUGCUAUAAAAAUGACAUAACUAAACUAUCAGUGGAAGACGCCAUUAAAAUGGUGAGAUGAGCAAAACGUGCAAGAAUCAAUCUGGUUAGCUGGUACAAAGCCCAGCCAGCCAAUCUCGAGGCUUAUAUUAUUGGGCAGAUGGAUCGGCCAUUCGUCUUUUUUGCCAUUCGACUCUGGCCGAUAGAUCGGCCUAGUUAUCUCAAGAUAGAAUCAACUUUUGGAUCAGUUUGUCUCAAAAUUUAUAACAUUUAAAUGCUGUGGAUCAGUUAACACAAAAAUAAUAAUAGUAAUAAUAAAGUUCAUUUCAAAAACACGCUUCAUCCCCAAAGGCUCGAAGCGCGGUACAAAGUCAACAAAAAACAUAUCUAUAAUUCACCACAUUUAAAACAAACGCAACACUACAAAAACUAAUUACAAGCAUACAAUAUCAAAGUCUUUCUAGCCAUUUCAACCCGGAGCAACACAGCAACACAUGGAAAAUAAGGUAGACAAUCAUCCCAGAAGGUAUUUGCGAAAUAGAUGUGUCUUUAGAUCGGUUUUAAAGGACUCCAGUGUCUGGUUGUUUCUAAGAUCGACAGGAAGGGCGUUCCAAAUUGUUGGACCAGCAAAUGCGAAAGUGCGCUUUCCGUAAGUCUCAAGGCAAACACGUGGUGUCGAGAGUUUGCCACUAUCGGAUGAGCGGAGCUUUAAAGGACUCCAGUGUCUGGUUGUUUCUAAGAUCGACAGGAAGGGCGUUCCAAAUUGUUGGACCAGCAAAUGCGAAAGUGCGCUUUCCGUAAGUCUCAAGGCAAACACGUGGUGUCGAGAGUUUGCCACUAACGGAUGAGCGGAGCUCUCUACUGGGUACAUAAGGCGUCAGCAGCUCUUUCAGAUAGGACGGCGCCAGGUCAUGUAAGCAGCGGUAGCACAAAGUUGCGAUUUUGUACUCUAUGCGAGCACGCACCGGCAGCCAAUGCAACUCUCUCAGAAGUGUUUUUGCAUGGUCGAAUUUGCGUUUGCGGAGAACUAUGCGAGCCGCAUUAUUCUGUGCUAUUUGAAUUUUAUCCAGGAGCGUAACUGGAAGACCCACCAUGAGAGCAUUGCAAUAGUCCAUGCCUGAUAGCACAAAUGCAGACAUCAGCCUCUUUGUUGUAUCAAUUGUUAGGAAGGGCCUGAUUUGACUAAUCCUGCGCAGCUCCAGAAAAAUCGCCCUGCAUAGCAUGUUAAUAUGACUUUCAAAAGUUAGUCUUCUAUCUAGGUAGACACCCAGGUACCGCACUGUUUGAGCUAACUCAAUACGCACACCUGAGAGAGUAAUGGAUGUCGUGUUAUUUGCAGAUUUCUGCUUCUGAGCGGUCGCAAUGGGGAGCAGCUCAGUCUUAUCAUCAUUUAAUUUGAGCUUGUUAAUGGUCAUCCAGUGCUUUACCGACUCCAUUGUCUUCUGUGUAAUACUGAGAAGCUGAGGGAACUGAGAAGUGAUCACGGAUUGAUGAAGUUGUGUAUCGUCCGCGAACAUGUGAUACAACAUGUCAAACUGCCUGAUCUCUGCACCCAGGGGCUGAAUGUACAUCGUGAAAAGCAUCGGGCCUAGGACCAAGCCCUGGGGUACUCCGAAUUCGAGAUUAGAUUUCUUCGAGGUCAAGCCGUUUGAAAUAACCGACUGGACCCGAUUAGUCAGAUACGAUCGGAACCAACACAGGACGGUAUCAGUGAGACCGAACGUUUGUUGCAGACGCUGGAGCAGUAUGCCGUGGUCGAGCGUAUCGAAAGCUGCCGAUAAAUCGAGUAAAGACAAAAUCGAUACCCGGCCCUCAUCACAAGACGACAGAAGGUCGUUUACGACGCGCAACAGAGCUGUCUCAGUAGAGUGAUGCACCCUGUAUGCUGAUUGGAAUGGUUCAAACAAGUCAAACUGAGUGAGGUGAUCCAGGAGUUGGCGGAGAACGACUUUUUCUAAGAUUUUAGAAAUAAAUGGUAGAUUUGAGAUGGGGCGGUAAUUUUCCAUCACAUUUGGGUCAAGAUUUGAUUUCUUUAAUAGUGGAGUGACGAUCGCCUCUUUAAAAGAUGAUGGAACAAUACCAGUAGCUAAGGACUGAUUUAUGAUAUAAGUGAUGAUGGGGACUAUUUCAUCCAGACAUUCAUACAAGAGCCCUGCUGGAAGAGGGUCAAGCGAACAUGACUUUCUUGGGGUAUUAGCGAGGAUUUUCCUCACAUUCGAUUCACUGACCUCAACAAAUUCAGCCAUAGAAGAGCCGUUGAAUAGUGAGAAUUCUGGAGCAGUAUCGAUGUAACUGUCAAUUUUCGCUCUGAUCCUCUUAACUUUGGUAAUAAAGUAGUCAUUUAGUGCGUCUGACAGCUCUUCUACAGCAAUGUUAUUUGGCAGAGAUGUAGCUACUGUCUCUGUAAAACAAUAGUGGAACUAAAUAAAACCCAAUGAAACUAUUAUUUUCAGCUUGCUCUGAAUUUUAUUUUUAUACAUUUACAUAAUUAUCAUAGCCUUCCAUUGGAAUAAAGUGCCGUAUUAAACCCUGUUGUUCAAAUUAAUCUGUUUAACCAUAAGAGAGUAAAAAUAAUGAAUUCAUCCGCUCAUUAUGAUUUAAAGCAAAUAAGCUUCGUGUUUUAGAUUGUGGAUGGUCAAGAAAGAUUGGCUGAAAAUUAUGGUCGAAAGAUGUGCAAUGUGAUGAAAUGUAUAAUGUACAUUCAUAGGCAAUAAUUUUAAAGAUUUAAACGAAAAUGAUUUUGAAGACUGAAUUAUAGAACAGAGGCCAACAUCUUUAAAUGUUCUUUGUAUCAGAGUGGUUGAAGAAUAAUAAUAGAAACGUUAGUUUUCCAGACUAAAUGACUAAGAAGCACCAUCUGGCCAAAGCAAUAUCCAAUCAGGAAUUGAGAUGCCAAUUUGGAAUGACAACCAUUGCAUAAACUGAUUAAUAUGGCUGGAGAUUACUUGAUCAUGUCUGUUGAUUGCCUUCAAGCUCAGUUCUCAUGAUAGAAUUUAGGUGGACAUCCUAGGGAAAAUAAAACCACAGAAGACCCAAAGGGACCAGACACAGUAGAAAAUCCGGUUUGCCGGAAAUUUGAUGGAAAGAAAUUUCAUAGACAGGAAAAUUGAUAGAUGAAAAUUUGGUGGAACAUUUUUUACAGUUCACACUUUAAAAUUUUCGUCAAAUUUCUUUUUGAACACACUAUACUAUAUAUUAAAACAAAAUAAUACUUUCAACAAGAAAUUUGAAGCGAAAUUUUAACGUGUGAACUGGAAAAAAGAUUUGACCAAAUUUCCGUCGAUCAAAUUUCUGUUGACGAAAUUUCUUUCGAUCAAAUUUCCGGAUAUGAGAAAAUCCUAUUAUGUUAGGGCUCCCUCUAAAUUUGUAUCCACUAUUUUCUUCUAAAAUUUUAGGCAAAAAUCUGGAUGAAACUCCCAUUAUUAUAGCAGAUGUCAGCAGCACUUCUUCCCUUGAAGAAAUGGCCAAACAAGCUAAAGUGGUUCUCAACUGUGUUGGGCCUGUGAGUAAAAGACGUGCUUUGUAAACAGAAAAUAUUUUUACCUCUUAAAAAAAAUGUUUAAGGCUUAAGAAAAUAAUAUUUACAUUUUUCAUUUUUAAAGCUUUUUAACUUUUAUACAACAAAUUAAAAUUGAAUGUGUUUGAAAAAUGUGAAAAUGAAAUGUCUUAUGCUUUAGUUUUGUAUUAUUGACCAUUAUAUUCAAUUACAGUAUCGCUUCUACGGAGAGCCUGUAGUGAAAGCUUGUAUUGAAAAUGGAGCUCACCAUCUUGAUAUUAGUGGGGAACCUCAAGUAAGUCUAAAAGUCAUGUGGCCAGCAUAACAAAAUAAUUUUUUUUAAAGGUUAUAUUACUUUGCCAAUCACUGUGACCCAAGAGACAACAUGGCUAAAGAUAAAUUGUAUUUUAUUUGAUCCGCAGUCUUCAAAUUUUGAUAAUGUUGUUUUCGAAAAGGUAAAAGUAGUUACACCAAUGAUAUUUCAGUUCCUUGAAAAGAUGCAAUUGCUGUACAAUGCUAAAGCCCAAGAAAAAAAUGUGUUUGUCAUUGGCACAGUUGGUUUUGAUAGCAUUCCUGCAGAAAUGGGCUUGGAAUACACAAGGCAACAAUUCACUGAUGGUAAGUCUCCUUGCAUAUUCAUAUUUAUGAUCCAGCUAAAACUAAAAGUUAGAAACUUUGUACCUGUAGUUCAUUGAUCUGAAAUAAAUUUAAUUUUUUCAUUCUGACUUUCUACAUUUUUGUUAUUAAAACUCUUAUGUUGGGACAACCAUAUUCUUUAAAAAAUGCCAGGUUCUUGCAAGUACAUAUAUAAUAAACAAUUAAAAAGAGAGAAGUUUUUGAACAUAGUUUCUGUACUUAUCUUUGUAUUUUAAAGUGUUACAGAACUCCACUUUAUUAGCACAACUGUAACUUAAAAUUUAAGUAGGAGCUUAAAAUUCUUGAAAUAUCACAUCAUCAAAUAAAGCUGCCUGUAAAAAGUUUAAUAGCACUAACACAUUGAAAGCAUCAAAAUCUUUGUUGCAUUACAUCAUCUUUUUUGAGACACCGUUUCUCAAAUAUCUCUUGUGUUGUUUUAUCAUCCUAUUGUGUAAUUACGAUCUAUAAGUUUGGACCUGACAUUGGUAAUUAAAUAAUCACCAAAUUAGCUACCUCGUAAUAUUUAAACAAACUAAUAUAAAUUUGUGCUUAGCAUAUUUUGAACCAAAAUAUUGAAAUUUCAGUCUUGAAAAUUUUUCAGGUGAACUCACUAACAUUGAGAGUUAUUUUGAAUCAAAGAGUGGGCCGGAUGUAAGUAUAUCUGCAUUGGAGACUGUUAUGAUUCAUUUUGUUUAUCUGAAGUUUCUUAGAGUCUUUCAUUCAACUUAAGCAUAUUCUUUAAACAGGGUGCUGCUAUCAACACUGGUACAUUUGAAUCAGCUGUAUAUGGAUUGGCUCACUGGAAUGAACUCAAGUCUCUGAGAAAAGCCUUAUAUCCUGACCCUAUGCCCAAAUAUCAAUAUAAAGUGCCCAAAAGGUAAAAUUCUCAUCAAUAAAUAAAUAUGCACUUCAAAAAUCAGUUGCCAAAAACUUGUCUUCAUUUUUUAUCUGUUCAUAAGGCAAGCUUAGUAAAACACUUUGUCACAAUUUUUCCUUUGAUAUUUUGUUAGGUUAGAAUUCUUCAAUAAUUACAUCAAUAUCAAAAUAAUUACUUCUAUGAAAUGAAAUAAAACUCUGAAUUUAUUUAAAGUACCGGUAAUGUAUAAUUAAACAUUAAAUAAUUUUUUUAACCCAAUAAUUCAGAAAAAAUUAGUUGUAAAAUACUAUGAUACAAUAAAAUCUGCAGAAGACCUCCAUAGAUAUAAUCCCCGUAUAUAUUAACACCCACAUGUUUUAUUGUUAUUACAUCCACCAGAUCCGCCCUGUUUUACAGUGACGAGCUAAAAAAAUGGUGCUUGCCAUUUCUUGGGAGUGACAAAUCUGUUGUUUACAGGACUGUGAGAGAUUUCCUAAGCACAAAGAGACUGGAAAAGCCAGUACGAAGAAUAUCAAUUUCAUUAAAGAUUUCAUAUAUGCUAAGCAAUUAAUACUCAUGAAGUUGUUUUUUUUCCAAAUGUAAUAUUUUUUAACAUGGAAUAGUUGUAAACAAAAUACAAUACUUAUUCUUGUCUUUUCAGAUAUGUCUAUAUAAAAUAUAUUAUGAAUUCUCUCUAUAUUAUGAAAUGAAGUUUUUGGUGAACAGAUUAUCUUGUUUUAACUUUAAUAGAAUUCCAUGACAUAGAAAAUUAUGAGAAGUAUUAUUUAGAAAUUAAUCCAAAUAGUACCGUAUCAUUGUUUGUAGCUUGAACAAACAUGAGAAGACCAAACCUACACACAUUUCUGAAGUUGUUUUCUUGAUUUCCAGAUUGAGUUUUUACCAUACAUGUGUUUCCCAAGUCUGCUGAGCGCGAUUGGAUUGAUUAUUUUUGGGAUCAUCUUUUAUAUCCUGUCACGAUGUUCCUUUGGGAGAUCUUUCAUGUUGAAGGUAAAAAGGUUUAUAGAUUGAUUUGCAUUCAUUGGAGUCAGCCAACUUCUUACCACUAAUUACUAAUUAUUAUAGUUAUCGGUACCAUAAAUUGAUGGAAAAAAUGUUGUGUUCAAAGGUUUGGUGGAUGACCAAUAUAUAUAUAUUCAUUGCAUUGACACUACGUUCAACCGUAAAAAAGUGUCAUUAUCAGGACAGCAACAUCAGUAGAUGCGUUAAAAUAUCAUCUGAUGUUAGACCAAGCUCAGUGGUAUGAAAUAGACCAGUCUAACUUUUAUUCAGUUUAUAUGUGGCAUGGAUAUGUUCCCCAAUAAAUCAGCACAUUGGCACAAACAACAUGGAGUCACAAACAUUGUAUUGUUUGGUUUAGGGAUGUGCUCUUCGUUAAUCAUUUUAUGGAAGAGAAAGGAAAUGUUUAAUUUGGGAUAAGGAAAUAUAUUUAAAAAUCUAUUGACAAUCAUAAGAAUAAUAAUUCUUAAUGUAGGGGAACAAUUAGAUAUGUAGUUUAUAUCUCAAUUAGAUAUGUUAAUUUUAUAUCUCAAUUAGAUAUGUUAAUUUUAUAUCUCAAUUAGAUAUGUUAAUUUUAUAUCUGUUAGAUAUUACUUUUAUAUUUCAAUCAUGUUACUUUUAUAUCUCGAUUAGAAAUGUUACUUUUUUUUUAUAUCUCGCUUUGGAUGUUACUUUUAUAUCUCAAAUAGAUGUUUCUUUACAUCUCAAUUAGAAUUAGAUAUGUUAUUUUUAUAUCUCAAUCAGGUGUGUUACUUUUAUAUAUCAAUUAGAUAGGUUACUUUUAUAUCUGGGUAUCAUUUUUAAAAAGAUAAUCUCAUAUAAAUUAUUUCAAGUGCUUUUAAAAGCUUAUUUCUUUUACAGUACCCUCACAUUGUUUCAUUCGGUUUCUUCAAAAAAGGUGGCCCAACACGGAAACAGGUAACAUACAAAUUCACUGGUCUUAUGUUUAGACUUCUUAAUUUUGUUGAGUCAUCAAUCAAUCCAUUAAGAUAGAGACAAAUUUUAAUUAUUUAGUAUUUAUAUGAAGUUUCAUUAGCUAGAUAAAUAUUGAUAAUGAUAAAUCCUUAGAAGUGAGUGGUACCAAUAAGAAAACAAUAGAACCAUCUGGCGUAGGAGUGACAACCAUUUCAAGAACUGAGCAUAAAUAUGGCUUGAGAGGAAAUAAAAUGGAAUCACCAUCCAAGCCUCUCUAUUUGUUAUUUAAAUUUGUUUUAUCCCAGAGAUCCUGUAAAAAAAAAUAGCUUUCCAACUGCUGCUACUAUCUCUGGCUAACAAAAGAAACAAUGAAAGCGCUGCUUAAAGUUAAAACUUAAAAGAAGUUGAACAAAAAUAAAUAGGUUGAAAAUUUGCUAAAUCUGAGAAAGAACAUAGUGAGACACAAAUAACCAAAUCAAAUGUUACAUAAUAAAUUUUUUUUACUUCUAUGUCUAUGAAAAAAUAUUGGUAAAAAUUUAUUUUGCUCGAAAUAAUUCACAAACUAUCCAUGAAUUCUAUGUCAUUACAACAGAUCGAAGGUUGUUCAUUCUCUAUGACAUUUAUUGGCUAUGGCUUUAGCAAAUCAGAGAAAGACAGAACAAAGCCAGACAAAAAAAUUGUCACGAAACUUGUGGGACCAGGUAACGUGCUUUAGAAAAUGAGAUUAUCAAAAUGGACUGGCACAGUUAAAGGGAUUGAGAAAAUUAAUUUUAUUAUAGGGACAAAUAAUCCAUAGCCUUUGCAAUCAGUCCCGGCUGCAAUUUCCAGUCCACCACACUGAAAAGUUUUGGAAGUAAAAAAGUAACAAUUUAAAACAAAAAUUGAACAAUUUUUAGUGUUAAAAGAAUAUUGAUAUUUUUAGUCUAUAUUCCCGUCACAUAAUUAGAAAUGUCAAUAAAAGAGUACCAAAUUUAUAUUGAAAAAAUAUAUUAGGAUAAAUAUUAGCAGUUUUUAAAAUAUAAUUCUCAAAUUUUAAUGAAACAAGAUUUCAAUUUUUAUUCAGCAUUUUUAAAUCUCCUCAAAAUGAUUAAUUCCAGAGCCAGGCUAUGUGACAACACCCAUCUGCAUGGUCCAAUCUGCUGUUACUGUGCUCAAAGAAACUUCUAAAAUGUUCCAUAAGUAAGUAUAGCAUUGAUUAUUAAAUGCACAGCAUUUUAGAGUGAAUAAAUAUUAAUUUUUAGUUUUAUUUUACUAUUGGAGAAAAGCAUGUACCCGGUAGCUGAAAAGUAACAAAUUUUGAAUAAUAAACAUUCCUUCUUUAAUAGCGUCACAUUUUCUGUUAGCCACCAAGACCCAUGUUUUCAAAUUAACUUUUUUAUUUCAGAGGUGGAGUGCUGACACCAGGAGCUGCCUUCCAAGGGACCGGGCUGAUCAAUCGCCUACAGGAGCAUGGACUCACAUUUACCAAAGUCUCUGACGAGAGCAUUGAUAAGAAAGACAAUUAAACCAAAACUGAACGGUUUUUCAUUAUUCUUCUUUAAUUGAAAAAGUCAGAACUUUUGGUAUUACCGGGUAUUGCAUUCGAAAAAUGGCUUAUAAUAUAAUGCUCUGUUUCAAUUUUUGGGUUAUAGUAUUCAUAAGAAGAUUAAUUUUAGUUCAGUUAAAGUUAAAUAUAAUUAUAAUCUUACAUGCUUUACCAAUUUUUUUGUUGAUUAAAGAAAUAACUAAUACAUUUUUUUUUUAAUCUGUGCAUUUUAGUACUGUGCUAUAUCAGUUUGCAUGCCUUUUGUACAAUAAGCCAAUGUCUACAUUUUAUUUAUUCUUUAAACAUAUCUAUUGUUAGAUUUAAACAAAGAAAUCAUUGAAAAUUUUCCAACGUAUGAAGAAUAUCGGCCCCUACUUGCUGAAAGUAAGCAGCAGCUUAUGUAUAUUUGAAUACACUAUAUAGUCAGUCCCAAGUGAAAAAUGGUUAAUUCAGAUAAUUUUUUAAUUUGUUUUGUAUUCUACAUUAAAGAAUGUUUUUGGAAAUUAUUUUUAAAGUUUUCUAUCAGUCAUUGGUUUCUUAAAUAGAAUUAAAUUCACAAUGGAAAUAAAGUUAAUGAUGAUAAAACAGUGGGUGAGGACAAACCUAUGUAAAAAAAUAUUUUGUAAAAAUUUCCUUUAGUGGAAAAGCAACAUUUUUUAAUAUUUAAAUGAAAUGUAGUUUUUUAGAUUUCACACUUGCUCACACUUGCUUUAAUCAAGAUGAGUCUCCGUAGUGUCAAGACAAUUUGGUAAUUUUUACCCUCAUCAUUGUACUGUCUCAAAGAGUGAGCUCACUUUAUUUCUUUCACUUGUAGUAGUUGUAGAUCCAUGUCAAACAUCAGAUUUCCAUGUUGAUUACCAUACAGAGGGAUUCCUUCAGUUUGGGUGAAAUAAUACCUUUUUAAAAAGUUUCAAGUAAUGGGCCAAAGAUAUCAAAGCUCAUAGUGAUUUCUACUACUUUAAAACGUUUGUGCUAAAAAAAAAAAAAAAAGAGAACACUAUAAAUAUUUUAUCUUUUGCUUAAAAUUGUUUUUUUACAUAUCUGUCCAAAGUAUUAGAAAGCUAGCUUUUUUGGUGGAAAAAUACCUUUUCUAAAAGUUUCAAGGAAUGGGCCAAAGAUAUCAAAACUCAUAGUGAUUUCUACUACUUUAAAACGUUUUGGCUAAAAAAAAAAAAGAGAACACUAUAAAUAUUUUAUCUUUUGCUUAAAAUUGUUUUUUUACAUAUCUGUCCAAAGUAUUAGAAAGCUAGCUGGUGUAUAUGUGCAUAGCUGAUUUCUUUUGUGGGCUAAUUUAGUUGGUACAUGUGUUGUUUAGAGCAAAUCUUCCCUCAAUUUCAUCUCUAUUGAGAGUGAUAGCAUUUGGAAUAAAAUAGAUUUUCUGGUCAUGUUACUUUUAAAUUAAUAAUUCUAGUAGCAUGGUGAUAGUUUCUAAACAUAUUUAAUUUUGUUAGUUUUAACAUUUUUCCAUUAAAAUUUAUAAAAUUUUCAGUGCAAUAGCCUAUUUUUUAAUGAAUUUUUUUUCCAAUCUAUUCUCUUUUGUUGUAAAACCUUUGCUAAUAAUGUUAAUGUUCUACUAAAAAAAGACAUUGGUCUCCUGUUCUAUUUCCAUUUUUCAAAGAUUUGAUUGACAAAUAUUGUUGGCGUUUACCUUUUCUAUCAAAUAUUUCUGUGCCUUCUAUGUGAUCAAAAGACUGGAAGUCUUUAGUGGGAUUUGUAAAUGGGACCACAUUUUUAAACUCCCCUUUGAUAAGGGACAUGAUAAUGGAUCAGCUUGGCCACAACAAGGUCAAUGAAAUAUCAAUGACUUUUUUUCAAACGCUGAUUGUUGUUAUAUAAUUUUUAUUUCAUUAAAUGCUUCUGCAAAAAUAAA